UAUACAAUAUUAUAAGGGCAUAGCAAUUUGUUGCGGUGUACACCACAAUGCAUUAUUAUUAUUAUUAUUAAUAUUGUCAUUUGUCACUGUUUAGAUAAAUUACACGUAAGUUCGACGAUCGGUACACACGCGCUACGCAUUUCGCACGUUGAAGUUCAGUAUAACAUCGUUAGAGCCGUGCGUAGGACGAAAAUGUGAAUAAUUCUAAAAAAUACCGAUUAUAAUAUCAGGAAUAUUUUUCAAAUUUCUUGUUCUCUCAGCCGCGCACUACCGGUGUUUUUCCGAAACCAUGAAAUAACGCGUGCGUCCCCGUGUUUGCGGUGCACCUAAUACGUAUUAUUGAUAUAUUGUUUCAUAAAUAAUAUUGUAAAAUGUCUGGCCGCAAUAAUAGGAGACCACCGCUGAAGGUUCAGAUACUUGAUGAGCCGCCUGUCGUUAACCUGCCUCGAAACCUGGACAGGUCCACCACUAUUACGAUUGGUGACCAGGAAACUACAGUCGAGGCAAAUGACCUACAGAGAAUUUGUGAUCUCGGACGUGGUGCCUAUGGUAUUGUGGAAAAAAUGCGGCACAUACCUUCUGGCACAAUUAUGGCUGUAAAGAGGAUAGCAGCUACAGUGAAUACCCAAGAGCAGAAACGACUUUUAAUGGAUCUAGAUAUAUCUAUGCGUUCGUCAGCUUGUCCAUAUACAGUGCAGUUUUAUGGUGCACUAUUCAUGGAGGGUGAUGUAUGGAUAUGCAUGGAAGUAAUGGAUACUUCAUUAGACAAGUUCUAUGCUAAAGUGUACAAGUUUGGACGGAGGAUUUCAGAACAAAUUCUUGGACCUAUCACUGUGGCGGUUGUUAGCGCUCUUCAUUAUCUGCAUUCUCAAUUGAGAGUUAUACAUCGUGAUGUAAAGCCAUCAAAUAUUUUAAUCAGUCGUAAUGGAAAUGUAAAAAUGUGCGAUUUUGGUAUAUCUGGAUAUCUUGUUGAUUCUGUGGCUAAGACUAUUGAUGCAGGAUGUAAACCGUACAUGGCGCCUGAACGAAUAGAUCCCGAUGGAAAUCCAUCCAAUUAUGAUAUACGAAGUGAUAUAUGGAGCUUAGGAAUAUCUCUUGUGGAACUUGCCACUGGUAAGUUUCCAUACGAUACAUGGGGCAAUCCUUUUGAGCAACUCAAACAAGUGGUCAAUGACGAACCACCGAGGCUAUCUUCUGGUAUUUUCACAUCAUACUUUGAGGAUUUUAUUUGUCAAUGCUUACAGAAAAAUUUUCGGAGUCGACCAAAUUACUCCCAACUACUUGCCCAUCCAUUUUGUCUUGCUCACCAACAACCGCAGACAGCUUUAGUUGCAUCAUUUGUGUCUGAAAUUUUAGACUUGCCUGAUAUGCCUGUUUCAGGUUAA